AUGAACCUACAUCACACAUCUGCAAACCAAGACACUUACCAUUGCACCAUUUCACCUCUCGUACUUGCUGCACAAGUACUCCGUAUUGUAGGUGGCCUCAUGGAAACAACUGCUCAUAUUUUCUUAUUGGAGGCCGUUUCGCAGAUAUGGAAAACAGGUUUGAGUUUCCUCCACCCAACUCGUUAUUCUGCUAUAUAUGUUUUGAAUGGCCACUUUGAGGAAAAGACACAAAUUGGAGUGAAGACAAUUGGUGCGUUGACAUUCAUGAUACUCUCAACCUAG